AUGGUCCUCCGUGUGGAGUUGGUCCUGGCGUUUCACACCCUGAUGCACUUCCUGAGUCCCCAGGGAGUAUGGGCCAUCAAGGCUGACCACAUGGGCUCCUAUGGACCCGCCUUCUACCAGUCCUACAGUGCUUCUGGACAGUUCACACAUGAAUUUGAUGGGGAACAAAUUUUUUCUGUGGACCUGAAGAACAGGGAGGUCGUGUGGCGUCUGCCUGAGUUUGGGGCCUCCCUAUACUCGAACUUCCAAAAUGGGCUGGCCAGCAUCGCCAUGAUCAGAGCUCACCUGGACGUCUUGGUGGAACGCUCCAACCGAACCAGAGCCAUCAGUGAGCCUCCCAGGGUGACGGUACUCCCCAAGUCUCGCGUGGAGCUGGGAAAGCCCAACGUCCUCAUCUGCGUCGUCGAUGAUAUCUUCCCGCCUGUGAUCGAUGUCACCUGGCUGCGCAACGGCCAGCCCGUCACUGAGGGAGUGGCCCAGACCAGCUUCUACUCCCAGCCUAACCACAGGUUCCGGAAGUUCCACUACCUGACCUUCGUGCCCUCGGCUGAGGACGUGUAUGACUGCAGGGUGGAGCACUGGGGCCUGGACCAGCCGCUCCUCCAGCACUGGGAGCCCCAGGUGCUUACCCCACCACCAGAAACCACCGAGACUCUGAUCUGCUACCUGGGCCUGGCCGUCGGCUUUGUGGGCUUCCUUCUGGGCACAGUUCUCAUCGUCACAGGCAUGUGCCUGCCCAGUGUCCGCAGGUCCCUCAUUUACUGGCUCCCCAACUCCCAGUAG